ACCACGCCACUUUGCUCUUUCCAAUGGGACCUCCAAAGAUAAAGAUAUCACGAGCAGCGGGGAAAUGGGUUAUAAUGGAGCGCCGUUCAGCUGCAAUUCUCAAGCCACGCACUGAUACAUUGAUAUUCUACAAAUCAUGUCAAGUAAAUCCUUGCUUUCAUCUGCAGUCGUGACUACACUUUUUGCACGGACACCGCCGCCUCCUCUUUCUGCCAGUCGUGUAUGGCGACCAGAGUUAUCGGACCAGAUUGAUGCGCUAGAUGCUGAUGUGAACACCCGAGCAGUUUUGCAUCUGUUGAACGACGACUUCGAUGGGUGCCACGAGCUUGCACAGACGCAGGAGGGAAAUCCAUACUCAAACCAUUUGCAUGCCAUCGUGCACAGGAGAGAGCCAGAUUACUGGAAUUCCAAGUAUUGGAUUGCCCGAUGCUCUCACCCACACAUGAAAGAGAUCUAUGCUACACCUAAUUCUAAAGUCAAUACCAUAUCCCAAGCCCAAAGGUCCGCAAGUACAUUUGUGGACCUUGUCGAGAACGCUGCAAGGACAGGGAAGGGCGUCGAAGAACUUGAGAAGAGACAAUGGGCUGAGAUGACUGCAUUGGCAAAGAUCUUGAUAGAAGCUAAUGGACAAUAAGCUUGAACUGAUGAAGCUGACCGCCAUUCGCGCAUGUUUUUGUUGGGCUGUCCUGAAAUCAGUGCAUGUUUUAUAUUUUGUUUAUUUUCACGAUAACUAUGUUAUUUUAUGUACUGCACCGU